AUGAGGAUAAUUUGCUGGAACUGCCGAGGUGUGGGCAAUCCUCAGGCAGUAAAUGCUAUGGUGGAUAUUGUACAGUAUUAUAAACCAUCUAUUCUUUUUCUUAUGGAAACAAAAGCUAAUGGUGUAAGGAUGGAACAAAUAAAGUCUUUAUUACGUUUUUCUCAUUGUUUUUCCGUUGAUUGUGUUGGUAUUGGGGGUGGUCUCUGUCUUAUGUGGAAAGAUGAGGUCAAGCUAGCCAUUACAGGUUAUUGCUCUAAUUUUAUUGAUUCUACAAUUGGAGACGGUUCUGAUUGUUGGAGGUUUACUGGGUUCUAUGGUUGCCCUGACUCGGGUCGUCGCCGAACUUCAUGGAAUUUGUUGAGGGAUUUGGCGGAUAGGAGUCAGCUUCCUUGGUUAUGUAGUGGUGACUAUAAUGAUAUUGCUGAUCCGUUGGAAAAAGUUGGUGGUCCUCUUCGUUGUAUUUCUUUGAUUAAUGGGUUUCGUAAUGCUCUUGCUGAUGCCAAUUUAAAUGAUAUUCAGGCUGUGGGGUCUUUUUUGUCUUAUACAUAUGGAGAGGGUACUGAUCAGUGUUCGAAGGAGAGGUUGGAUCGUGCUUGUUCUAAUACAACCUGGGAUGCUCGUUUUCCUGAUGCGAUUUCGUCUAAUUUAGUUGCUCCAGUUUCUGAUCAUACUCCUUUAUUGAUUGAAACUGUUGGAACUCAAGUUAGGGAGGAUAAUCGACGUUUUCGUUUUGACAAUUCAUGGCUUGAGGAUGAUGAGUUAGGGGAAGUGGUUUUGACGUCUUGGCAGCAAGGUUUGGGGUUGGAUUUUAUUCAACGUAAAGACCAGCUUGUGAAGCGUGUUCAAUAUUGGGGGAAGAAUAGAAACCGCAUGCGUUGGCUUCAAAAAGAACGAAUUAAGAAGAGAUUGGGGGAGUGUUCUGAAUCGCUUGAUACAAGGGAAGUGCGGCAACUGAAGGAUGUUUGGAAUCAAAUUUUGGCAGAGGAGGAUAUUAGACUACGCCAACAAGCAAAAAAGUUCUGGUUUCGACAUGGGGAUAGGAACUCAAAAUAUUUCCAUAAUAGUAUCAAAGCUCGGCGCAGAUGUAAUCGGAUUCAACAAAUUGUGACAUCGGAUGGUUCAUUAUCUUCAGAUGUGGGUACUAUUCAGGAUGCAUUUUUGCAAUAUUUUUCGGGUUUAUUUUCCAAUUCGCCUACUGAUUUUGCGGAGCUUCUCCCUCUGGUUCAGCCUAGAAUUGGGGCCGAAGAUAAUGUUGAGUUAUUGGCAGAUUUUACAGAUGAAGAAUUUCGUUCAGCGCUCUUUCAAAUGGACCCGAAUAAAGCUCCUGGGUUGGAUGGUCUUAAUCCGGCUUUUUUCCAGAAAUAUUGGCCAAUUAUUGGGGUGGAUGUUUGCAAUAUUUGUUGGUUGUGGCUUGCAAAAGGUACUAUCCCUUCUGAAAUCUCCAGUGCUUUAAUUGUUCUUAUUCCGAAAUGUGUGAAUCCUGUUGAUGUGAAGGAUUUUAGGCCUAUUGCUCUCUGUAAUGUGAUUUAUAAGAUCUUGUCUAAGGCCUUAGCCAAUAGAUUGAAGAGGGUCCUGCAUAAAAUUAUUUCACCAAAUCAGUCUGCUUUCAUUCCUGGGAGACUAAUUACGGAUAAUUUUAUUAUUGCUUUUGAGACCAUGCAUGGUUUGAAAUUACAAAAUAGAGGUAGUGUGGGGUCGUGUGCUCUGAAAAUUGAUAUUGCUAAGGCCUAUGAUAGAGUUGAAUGGUCAUAUUUGUUUGCGAUGUUAUCUGCAUUGGGCUUUUCUGAUACUUGGGUUGGAUGGAUGCGUAUGUGUUUUUCAAACAUGAGCUACUACCUUGCUGUUAACGGAGCAGAGAUUGGUCCUGUGGUUCCAAGUCGGGGUCUCCGGCAGGGGGAUCCCAUUUCUCCCUAUUUAUUCUUAAUUGUUGCUGAAGGACUGUCUUUGUUGAUUCAGGAUAGUGAAAAUAGGGGCCUUUUGCAUGGGUGUUGCGCGAAAGUUGGUUGCCCCCGGGUUUCUCACCUUUUCUUUGCAGAUGAUUCCUUACUAUUUUUUGAUGGUAUAGUGGAGGAAGCUAUACGGAUUAAGCAAAUUCUUGGUGUUUAUGAGAAAGCUUCAGGUCAGGCUGUAAAUUUUGAUAAAUCUGGUAUCAUGUUUAGUCCGUGUGUGUCUGAGGAAAACCGGUUGACCAUCUCUGGUAUACUUGAUGUUCAUCUUCCUUUGGGUAGCGGCAGAGAAGUAUUAAUUAAAUCUGUAUUACAGGCAAUUCCAACAUAUUGCAUGAAUGUUUUUUUAUUACCUGUUUCCACUUGCCGACAGCUACAGGUCAUGAUGAAUAAAUUUUGGUGGGGUGGUUGUCGUGAGGAUGGGAGAGGGAUGAAUUGGCUCUCGUGGGAUCGAAUGUGCGGCCGUAAAUCGGAAGGUGGGAUGGGCUUUCGGGAUUUGGCUAGUUUUAAUACUGCCUUAUUGGGAAAGCGAGGUUGGCGUUUGUUGGUUGACACCAAUUCUCUUCUAUAUAGAGUGCUCAAAGCUAAAUAUUUUCCGAAUGGGGAUUUUUUGUCAGCUCGGUUAGGUUCUAACUAUAGCUUCGUUUGGAAGAGUAUUUUGUCUUCUCAACAAAUGUUGCAACGUGGGGUAAGGUGGCGAAUUGGUGAUGGUAAGCAGGUUUUUGUUGUUAAUUGCCCUUGGAUUCCUCGGGAUAUUGGUUUUAUGCCUUUAGAUGAGGCGAUGUUUGUUCCUGAAGCCAUGAGAGUAUGUGAUUUGUUUGUUGAAGGUGAGCUGCGUUGGGAUGUAGAGAAGCUAAUGAAUAUUUUUAGUGUUGCUGAUAUGAGAGCUAUUCUUACUAUUCCAUUGCCUCUAUUCCCAAAACCGGAUAAAUUAAUUUGGCACUUGCAUAAGAAGGGUGUGUACUCAGUUAAAUCUGCCUAUUUUUGUGCCUUAGAAUUGUCGGGUAGGACUGGUGUGCUGGGUUAUAAUGAUGGGUGGAAUCGUCUUUGGUCUCUUGAUGUUCCUCCCAAAGUUCGGGAUUUUCUUUGGCGUACUUGUCGUGGAGUGCUUCCUACUCGGGAUAUUCUUUUGAGACGUGGGAUACAUGUACAUGCUGCAUGUCUUUUUUGUGAUCAUGAUGAAUCUAUUUCACAUGUUUUUUUGCAUUGUCCAAUGGCUGUUGAGUUAUGGAGACUUGCUGGUUUUUCUACUGCUGUUGAUUUUUCUAUAUUCAUGGAUUUCUUUAUUCAUAUUUAUAAUACUUUUGGCAGAGAAAGGACUGCACGUAUGGCUAUACAUGCAUGGAAGUUAUGGCAUGCCAGGAAUGAAAGAUUGUGGGUCAAUAAAGUUUUGUCACCCAGUGAGGUUCAUCAUGCUGCUAGUUCCUAUUUUAAUGAUUAUGUGGCUUCACUUGUGUCUCGACCAAGGACGUUAUCCCACCCAUCUGUUCCUCGUGUGCUCCCAUUGGUUGAGGCUACCACUCUUGAAGUUGAUUGGAUUGCAUUCAUUGAUUGUGCAGUCUUUGCUAGUGCUGAUUUGUUCGGUUUUGCAGCAGUAUUUGAGGACUUGGAAGGCUUCUUUUCCAUUGCAAUUUCGGGUUUCUAUGAAGGGGGUGGGCAACCUGUUAUUGCUGAAGUUUUGGCCUUGCGUCAAUGUUUAUCUUAUGCUAGAGAUUGUUUUCUUCAGGCGGGUUGUAUUUUUACGGAUAACCAAUCCUUAACCUUGGCUAUUCGCUCUCCUCUGGAUGACUUUUCAGAGUUUGGAUUAGUUGUUUCUGAUUGCAAAGAUGUUAUGCGGUUUCAGGGCAACAUUCAUGUUUGUUGGGUACGGCGUUCAGAAAAUAGAGCCGCCCAUUUAUUAGCUAGAGAGUCUAUUCAUCAUGGUAGAUUCAAGAUUUGGAUUGACAUUCCUAAUUGUCUCUUGGAUUAUUAUUCUACAAGAUAA